UCUAUCUAUCUAACUAUCUAACCAACCAUUAAUCGAAUUAUCUAGCUGCCUAUUUAUUCAUCUAUCUUUCCAUCCAUCUACCUACCCAGUUAUCUUUUUAUCUAUCCAUCUACCUAUCCAUCUAUCUACCUAUCUAUCCAUCUAUUUGUCCAUCUAUCUGUCUUCUUAUCUAUCUUUCUUUUUUCUAUCUAUCCACCCAUCUUUCUCUAUCUCUUUCCAUCUAUCCCUAUAUCUAUCAUCUAUCUAUCUAUAUCUUUCUUUCUAUCUACCUACCUGCCUAUCUAUUCAUCUAUCUAUCUUUCUGUCUAUCUAUCUGUCUCUCUAUAUAUCUAUCUUGGAUAAAGGUAUUCUACUGCACCAGACAGGAGACUAGGUGGUGUCAUAGGGCACAGAGUGCCAAAUCUGGAGUCAGGAAGACUUGUAUUUCCGAGUUCAAAUCUUGUCUCAGAUAGUUCCUAACUGUGUGACCCUAGCCAAGUCACCUUGCUUUAUUUCCUCUUUUUUAAAAUUAACUGGAGAAGGAAAUGACAAACUAGUCCAAUAUUUGCUCCCCCCUCCAAAAAAAAACCCAAAUGGGAUCACAAAGAUUCAGACAUGACUAAAUAACCAGACAUUAUGCCAAAGCCUGGGGAUUUAAAACCCAAGAUAAGAUGGCCUCUAACUUCAGAGAUCUCGUAUUUGACUUCAUUUUAUAAACUGUGAGAGACAGCAUGGUGUAGUGGCUACAAAGCUGAUCUUGAAAUCAUCUAGACCUGAGUUCAAGUUCUGCUGGCCAUGUGUUCCUAGACAAGUCACUUAAAUAACUCUUACUUCUCUAAGCAUCUCUUAGACUUUAAGUGCAAAGAAGCACUGGAAGAGGGAGUUUCUUCCCUUUUGUAAACUAUAUUUCAGUUUAAAAAUUUUUUCAGUUCCAAAUACUCCUCCCUUCAGCUCCUCUGCCCAUUAAGAAGGCAAGAAAUAUGAUAUCCAUCAUACAUAUGAAGUGGCCUAAAACAUAUUUCCACAUUAGCCAUGAUGCCAAAAACAAGAAAAAAAAAGAAAAAAAGAACUUCAGUCUGCAGUGGGAGUCCAUCACUUCUCUUUCUGGAGCUGUUCCCUCCUUGUAAAUCAUAAAUUUCUACAUAAAUGUCGGCCAUUUAUAUUAUUAAUCUGGUCCUUUGUCCUCAGUGGGCGCCCAGUAUAUUAAUUCAUUAAUUCAACAAAUAUUUCUUGAGUUCCUGCGAAGUACAAAAGCACAACCAGUGCCCAGGGCUCUUCCCAGAAUGCCGGGGAAUUCAUGUCAGAGACAAAAGGAGAAUGCCUUAGACCCUUUCCUUGGCAAAGCAAGGAAAGGCAGUGAUCUGAAAAUUUAGAGAGAAAUAUGGUGGGAUUUCCAGAAAGAAUAAGACGUUGACAUUGUCUAAAAGGAGUCCUUGGCUCUCAGGGAACAGAUAUGGCCAGAUGACGAGAGCAGAGGGCAGCAUGUGGUAAGGGACCUGGUAUUGGAGCAGCGUGGAAGGGUGCAGAGGAUGGGGAUGGCAUUCUGGAGCAGAUGGGAUUUGAACAUCUCCACAGGUUAACUGUGGGAAGAGGACAUUACAAUUCAAUUCAACUUAAUUCAGUUCAAUUCAGUAAUCAUUAAGUAACCAUGGUGCCCAGAACAAAAAAAUUAAAUAGUCUCUGCCCUCAAGGGGUUUAUAGUCUACUGAAGGAAUACAUGUGAGGGUAAUAUGAUCGAGGCAGAGGAGAGAUCCUAAGUGCUCCAAGGAAAUCUGAGGAGAACGUCCUAACAGCCAUUAGGGACAAUCAUGGAGUGGGAGCUUCCUGAGGGAAGGAACUUCAGUUGCUGUCUGGCUCCUUGGUGCCCAACUUUCAUGGUAGGCGCAAAUAACAUGCUUGUUGCUUUCUCGCACUGCAGUGGAGCCAGUACCUGAGUCGGGCUGUGAGGAUUUUCUGAGAGGGCAAAAUGAGGCAGUAGUGCCGUCCAGGUGAAUGGGCUGAGGUCGAAGACUGUGUAUAUAGAAUAUGGAAUGGCGUGCAGGAGAAAUCAUAUGAAAUUAAACUGGAAAGAUGGGUUGGAACCCUGAUGUAAAAGGACCUUGUAUUCAAGACUCACACGUUUCUGUGUUAUCCUGAUGGUGAUAGGGAGCCAUUGAGACUUUGGGAGCAGUGGAGUAAUGUGGUCAUCCCUGUUGUGAGGGGAGAUUCUUGUAGCAAAUGGAGAGGAUGGGGAUUCGAGAGAAGAGGCUGGGCAGAGGCAGGGAGACCAGGAAAGAGACUAUUGCCGCAGUCCAGUGUGAGAGCCCUGAGCUCAGACCAUGGCUCUGGGGAUAGAAAUAUUAUGGUGGAAGAGUCGAUGGAUUUGGGCUGAAAGAAUGCGACAGAAAGGGGAAGACCAAUGAUGAUGACAAGUAAUGGCCCUAACUAGGACUCUGGGGAAUUGGGUGGGUUUUAAAGAGCUCUUCUUUCCUGUUUUUGCAGUGAAUUUGCUGGAUACAUCAACCAUCCACGGGGACUGGGGCUGGCUCACGUACCCGGCACAUGGGUGGGACUCCAUCAACGAGGUGGACGAGUUCUUUAGCCCCAUCCACACGUACCAGGUGUGCAACGUCAUGAGCCCCAACCAGAACAACUGGCUGCGGACGAACUGGGUGCCGCGGGACGGAGCGCGCCGGGUGUACGCCGAGAUCAAGUUCACGCUGCGGGACUGCAACAGCAUGCCGGGGGUGCUGGGCACCUGCAAGGAGACCUUCAACCUCUACUACCUGGAGUCCGACCGAGACCUGGGCGCCAGCACGCAGGAGAGCCAGUUCGUGAAGAUCGACACCAUCGCCGCCGACGAGAGCUUCACCGGGGCCGACCUGGGCGUCCGGCGCCUGAAGCUCAACACCGAGGUGCGGGGCGUGGGGCCGCUGAGCAAGCGCGGCUUCUACCUGGCCUUCCAGGACAUCGGCGCCUGCAUCGCCAUCCUCUCCCUGCGCGUCUACUACAAGAAGUGCCCCGCCAUGGUGCGCAACCUGGCCGCCUUCUCGGAGGCGGUGACGGGGGCCGACUCCUCCUCCCUGGUGGAGGUUCGGGGCGAGUGCGUGGGGCACUCGGAGGAGCGCGACACCCCCAAGAUGUACUGCAGCGCCGAGGGGGAGUGGCUGGUGCCCAUCGGCAAGUGCGUGUGCAGCGCCGGCUACGAGGAGCUCCAGGACGCCUGCGUGGCCUGUGAGCUGGGGACUUACAAGUCAGAUCCGGGGGACCAGCUGUGCGCCAGGUGCCCCCCCCACAGCCACGCGGCCACCACUGCAGCCCAGACCUGCCACUGUGACCUCAGCUAUUACCGGGCAGCCCUUGACCCGCCGUCCGCGGCCUGCACGCGGCCUCCCUCUGCCCCCGUGAACCUGAUCUCCAGCGUGAACGGGACCUCUGUGACCCUGGAGUGGGACCCUCCCCUGGACAAGGGAGGCCGCAGCGACAUCACUUACAACGCCGUCUGCCGCCGCUGCUCCUGGGACCCGGGCCACUGUGACACCUGCGGCAGCGGCACCCGGUUUGUGCCCCAGCAGAUGAACCUGGUGCAGACGGCCCUGACGGUCGCCAACCUGCUCGCCCACAUGAACUACACCUUCUGGAUCGAGGCUGUCAAUGGCGUGUCCGACCUCAGUCUGGAGCCCCGACGGGCCGCCUCCGUCAACAUCACCACGAACCAGGCAGCCCCGUCCCAAGUGGUGGCGAUCCGCCAGGAGCGAGCUGGGCAGACCAGUGUCACGCUGCUGUGGCAAGAGCCGGCCCAGCCCAACGGGAUCAUCCUGGAGUACGAAAUCAAAUACUACGAGAAGGACAAGGAGAUGCAGAGUUACUCCACCCUGAAGGCCACAACCACGAGGGCAACUGUGUCUGGGCUGAAGCCCGGCACCCACUACGUGUUCCAGGUGCGAGCCCGCACGUCCGCAGGCUGUGGCCGCUUUAGCCCGGCCAUGGAAGUGGAGACUGGGAAACCAACAGGGCUCCGCUAUGACACCAGGACCAUCGUCUGGAUCUGCUUGACGCUCAUCACGGGUCUGCUCAUCCUUCUGCUGCUGCUCAUCUGCAAGAAGAGGCACUGCGGCUACAGCAAGGCCUUCCAGGACUCUGAUGAGGAGAAGAUGCACUAUCAGAAUGGGCAGGCUCCUCCCCCGGUCUUUCUUCCCCUGCACCAUCCCCCCGGGAAGAUCCCCGAACCCCAGUUCUACUCGGACCCUCACACCUACGAGGAGCCUGGGCGAGCCCGGCGUAGCUUCAGUCGCGAGAUCGAAGCCUCCAGGAUCCAUAUUGAGAAGAUCAUCGGUUCUGGUGAGUCCGGGGAGGUGUGCUACGGACGCCUGCGGAUGCCAGGACAGCGAGAGGUGCCAGUGGCCAUCAAGGCCCUGAAAGCAGGGUCCUCCGAGCGCCAGCGGCGGGACUUCCUCAGUGAGGCAUCCAUCAUGGGACAGUUUGACCACCCCAACAUCAUCCGCCUUGAGGGCGUUGUCACCCGAGGCCGCUUGGCAAUGAUUGUGACUGAAUACAUGGAGAACGGCUCCCUGGAUUCUUUCCUGAGGACCCAUGAUGGGCAGUUCAGCAUCGUGCAGCUGGUGGGCAUGCUGCGAGGGGUGGGCGCUGGGAUGCGCUACCUCUCUGACCUAGGCUAUGUCCAUCGAGAUCUGGCUGCCCGCAAUGUCCUGGUCAACAGCCAGCUGGUGUGCAAGGUGUCCGACUUCGGCCUCUCUCGUGUUCUGGAGGAUGACCCUGACGCAGCCUACACCACCACGGGUGGGAAGAUCCCCAUCCGCUGGACGGCCCCCGAAGCCAUCGCUUUCCGGAAGUUCUCUUCGGCCAGUGACGUGUGGAGUUUUGGGGUGGUGAUGUGGGAGGUGCUGGCCUACGGGGAGCGGCCCUACUGGAAUAUGACCAACCGGGACGUCAUUAGCUCGGUGGAGGAAGGGUACCGGCUCCCAGCCCCCAUGGGCUGCCCCGCUGCCCUCCACCAGCUCAUGCAAGACUGCUGGCAGAAGGAGCGGAGCCAGAGGCCGCGCUUCCCCCACAUCGUCAGCAUCCUCGACUCCCUCAUCCGCAACCCCGAGACCCUCCGGGUCACUGCCACAGUGAACAGGUGCCCAGCCCCGGCCUUCGCCCGGAGCUGCUUCGACCUCCGAGGCGGGGGUGGCGGCGUCACGGUCGGGGACUGGCUGGACUCCAUCCGGAUGGGCCGGUACCGGGAGCAUUUCGCGGCAGGGGGCUACUCGUCCCUGGGCAUGGUCCUGCGCAUGAACGUCCAGGACGUUCGAGGCUUGGGGAUCACCCUCACCGGACACCAGAAGAAGAUUGUGAGCAGCAUCCAAGCCAUGCGCUCCCAGCUGACCAGCCCCAGCGGGCCUCGGAGGCCCCUCUGACCUGCUCUCUGCUUGUGGGGACUGAGAGGAGCCCAAAGCCAGGCCUGCUGGGAAGGGCUUGAGGUCGAUGGGCAGAUGGAGCUGGCUCCACAGAAAGAAGCCCUGGGGCCCGGCCCAGGACCGAAGGGAGGUGGAGGCCGCCCUCCCCACCUCCCAUCCCUUCCCCCCACACUUCCUUCCGAGCACCGGACUUGCCCCUGGGCCGGGUCAUGGGGGCCGAGGGUCCUUCUGCUUGGGCUUGGGAGCCAAGCGAGGUUUCGGCCAGAAGCCGCCGGCUCUCAGGACGGACCGUCCCUGCCCUCGGCCUCUCCUUGAUGUGUCUGCCCAGGGCCGGGGGUGGGCUGGAGGCAGAGACUUCUUCACCAGGGUUCCCUCGGGGCCCGGGGACUCCUCCCCAAGGCUGGGGGCCCCGCUGGGCCUCAGCUCCUGGCGUCCCUCACCCUGCCCAUCAGUGUGCGUGUGUGUCAGUGUGGGAAGUGCGUCUGGGUCGCAGGGCCGGGUGCGAGUGCUCCCUGCCUCAGCGCAGGGAGCACUGAGGCAGGUGUGUCCGGGCCCGUGCUGGGGGGAAGGCUAGAGACGGGCAGCCAUCUCCGCCCUGGUCGUAGGGUAGAGAAAGCUUUGAGAGCUGUCGUGGGGAGUGGGUCUGGACAUGAUUGGCCCAGAGGGGGACGUGCGACUGCUCUUAUUUAGAGGCCCCUUGUCUGGGACAGGAAUUAGAGCAGUUGGGUUUGGCCCCAAAGGACAGAACCAGGAGCGCUAGUUAGAAACUACAGAGGCAAAUAGAGAUCUGACAGCAGGGGGAAAACGCCCAUCCGAGGGUUACGACUCACACGCUCUUGGAAAAGUCAAUUCCCCUCCGGAAUUCAGCUUCCUUAUCAAAAAACAAAUGGGGGGAUUGGACUGGAUGACCUCUAAGUCGACUGUUUUCUCCUACCUCUCUGGUCCCUUUCCUGGACAGCUUGUGGAGGGCAGCUUCUAGUCCUGGCCUGGCAUUAGACUCACUUUCUCUGCCUCAGUUUCCCCUUUUUAAAAUGAGUCGGCCUGGACUAGCGGAUCCGUAAGGCUCUUCAGUCACGGGAGGGACUAGGUGGAAAGCUGAGAUUUAUUUUGCAAUUCUAUGGAAUGGUCUCAAAGCAGAGGGGGCUGCCUCCGGAGGGAGGGAGUUCCCACUCCUUAGAAAUCUAGAGACAGAGUUUGGGUGAGUGCUCCAGGGGGGCUGGAGGGGGCGUCCCUGGGGAUCCCCUGGAGGAGCGCUCAGGUCUGCUCUAUAAAUUGGUAGCUGUUCACACCAAGGUUCACUGCAGGAGGUAUGCGUUCCAGAGAGAGAGAGAGAGUUCACACUGCCUUGUGUCCUGUUAAGGAUAUUUUCCUUGUGUGAAUGUGUACAUAGGUGUGUGUUUGUAUGUCUGAAAAAGUUCAUUUCCAUGAAGUUGCACAUACGUGCCUAAAGGGACAUUUACGCGCACAUCGAUGCUUGAACCCCAGUUCAUGGAAAGGUGUGUGCUCCCAAGAGCGCGGAUUCGAGUCACGUGUUUCCAUGAGUGUGUGAGUCCACGUGUGCUGAGUGUGAAGCUGCGUAUGUGGAUUGAAGGUUUCUGAGGUGACGGGGUUCCCAGCCUUUCCCCUCAUCCCCCAUCCCCCCCUCACUCACCACCCAGUUGAGCUCAUGGGUCCUAGAGCACCCAGUGGGUACCUACGUCCUGUGAUCAAUGCCCUCCUCCCCCCACUACACCCUGAGGCACUCCAGGAGAAACCAGUCUUGUUUCAAAGUUCACCAGCACCAUGACCCCAUCACCCAACCUGGGGACAAGCGAGGACCCCCCACAGAUCCAACCUCAGGUUCGGGGGGCUGUGCUCUUUCUGGUCCUCUGUCCCCACGACCAAUUCUCCCUCCCCAUGAGACAUGGGGGAGAUCCUGGAGCUCUGGAACCCCCUGGGCCAAAGUGUCUGCACAUCUUCGAUCUCCAGAGUCUGGAGCCCCUUCUCCCCUCCCUCCCCCCAAUCUCCACCCCAGUCCUGGGGACGUUUAAAGUCCCUUUGCUGCUUCAAUGGGAUAACAGGGUUAUCAAUAUCACAAAUUCUUUUUCAUGAAGAUAUUCCUCCAACUGCUGAGGGGCUCCCCCAUAUCAGCCAGGGAGGGGGCACGAUGUAACCUUUGGCUGCCAGGCCCCUACUGCCCCCAUGGGGCCCUCAAGGCCCAACUGCUCCCCCUGCCCUCCUCUGCCCCCACGCUAGAGACUGAGCAGAGUUAGACCAAGUUUCCCUUCUGGAAGAUGGUGGUCUCUGCCCUAGGGCCUCUGCCUGACCAAGGGACUCCUCCAGGCCACAGAAGGGUGAAAUGGGAAGGGGAAGGGUCUUUAGAACCAGAACUGAUGGGACUGAGGACCUAGGAAAACCUGGAAAUAUUUACUCAAAAUCCAAACACUCUCUAGACCAGAGAAUGUCAGAGCUGGGAGGGCCCUUAGAACCCAGGAGGUCAGAGCUGGGAGCCCUUAGAACCCAGGAAGUCAGAGCUGGGAGGCCCCUUAGAACCCAGGAGGUCAGAGCUGGGAGGGCCCUUAGAACCCAGGAGGUCAGAGCUGGGAGCCCUUAGAACCCAGGAGGUCAGAGCUGGGAAGGCCCUUAGAACCCAGGAAGUCAGAGCUGGGAGGGCCCUUAGAACCCAGGAGGUCAGAGCUGGGAGGGCCCUUAGAACCCAGGAGGUCAGAGCUGGGAGGGCCCUUAGACCCCGGGAUGUUGGAAAUGUCCUUUAGAACAGAAUAUCAGAGCUGAGGGGACCCUUGAAAACUCAUUUUUCUGGGGUUCAUUGAAUAAUAAGGGGAUCAAGGCUUGGAUUUGCUGGCUUCCUCUCUAAUGUCCUUUGCCCCAAGCACAUCCCACAUUGAAAGCUUCUGACUUUAGGGGGAGCAGUGAGGAGGCUGUAGAGACCCCCUCCUUUCUCAGAAUCUGCCCCUGCAGCCCUUUUAAUAUCUCACUACUUCCAACCCCAGGGUAUGUAAAUAUUUUUUUUCUACUUGUGUUGGAGAAUUUUUUCCUGACUUCCUAACAAUGCAAACAUGGUCUUCAAAGCACAGAAAACGUCACCAAGUGUGAGUAAGGAUCUUCCAAAAGAAGGCCAGGCCCAGCUGGGGCCCCCGUCUCGGGCAGUUGGGGGAGCUAUCGGGGCAGGCUCCCCUUAGCCCCUGCACUGCCUCAGCCUGCAAUGGAGAGUGGGAUGAGGGGCUGGGCCAGGCCUCCAUCUCUCUCUAGUUCCUUCCCCAUCACCCCCUAAUCAGCACAGUUGUCCCAAGGACACACCAGCACAGGGGACCUCCAAGGCCCUGAGCCCCUUUUGUUCCUGCAAUAAUUCUGGCCCAAUGUACUCCUGAGGUCACUAAGGCCUCUCUCUCUCUCUCUCUCUCUCU